GGAGCACGAAAACUAUCGAUACCAGCCAGCAUUUUUUUGGGCGGUGUUCGCAUUUUGUUUUCCUUAAUUUAAUUGUUUACCGAGGCUCCAAACUAGUAGUGAAACAAUCAGAAAUACUAGACCAUUCAACAUGAAAACCUUUGAGAAAUGCGUUCUGGGUGCUGUGCUGCUUGGCUGCCUGCUGCAGACGGCCCAGGCCAUCAAGUGCUGGGACUGCCGCAGCGACAGCGAUCCCAAGUGUGGCGAUCCCUUCGACAAUAGCACCCUGGCCAUCACGGACUGCCAGCAGGCGCCGGAGCUGGAGCACCUGAAGGGGGUGCGGCCCACGAUGUGUCGCAAGAUCCGCCAGAAGGUGCACGGCGAGUGGCGUUACUUCCGCAGCUGUGCCUACAUGGGCGAGCCGGGCAUCGAGGGCGACGAGCGCUACUGCCUCAUGCGCACGGGCAGCUACAACAUCUUCAUGGAGUACUGCACCUGCAACAGCAAGGACGGCUGCAACGGCGCAGGCCUGCCACGCCUCGGACUGGCCAGCGUCCUGGGCGGCACCUUGUUCGCCGUCCUCGUGGCGCAUCUCUUGAGGCAAUAGCCCCCCGCAUAGCCGUAGCCGUAGCCAAAACUAAUGUGUAAUCUUUAAAGUGCCUUCUUCAAGUGACUCGAAUCAAACUAUCUUAAAACUGGGAACUCGUUUCCGUCCAUCUUUUAUAGCGCACAUGACAUUCCGUAUUUCCUAAGCUCAAUGUUGGAAUCUCGCAUUUUUAACCGUCUUGUCUGUCUAUUUUGUAUGCAAUUUGCAUAAGAAAUGUUUAGUUUAAGGAUACAAAUUUUGUAUUUUAAUGCCACGACAAGUAGAACGUUUUGUAAUCGUAAUAAAAGAUUGAUGUAUACACAAAGA